AAAAUGUCUUCCGUCAUUGCGCGUAAUGUUUUGGGCAGAUUGUCCCGGUCCGCUCUCAAAUUAAAUCAGCCGCAGGCGAGAGGUGUGUUUGGUCGGGGAUUCGGAUUCUUUGAUCCCUCUUUCCGAUCACUCGUCCGCGAUAUGGAGCGCACGUUUAACAGCCUGUAUCAGGAUGUCGGACGAACGUUCAACCAAUCUAUGCUUCCACGUGCCCUUCCACACGCAUCUCUCGCCGAUGAAAAACCCAUGUACCGUCUUAACAUCGACAUGCCGGGAUUCAAACCGGAAGAUAUCAAAAUUUCCCUAAAGGAUCGGAUGUUGAAUAUUCAUGCGAAAAUGGAACGUAAAUCAGACGACGGCGGUCGGUUUUACCAGGAAGUCUGUCGCGAGUAUCUUUUACCUGAAACGUUGAAGGUGGAAGAGCUGAAAUCGAUCUUCACCGACGAUGGGGUAUUAUGCAUCGAAGCGCCCCAGCCAGAAGCUGAAAAGCCGCUUGAAAUACCAAUCGAUCGCUGCGAAGUUCCGAAAAGGGAACAGCUUAAGUGAUUGCAACAACAAAUAAAAUCAAACUUUUUGUUAAUUUUUGUUAAAAAUUUUACUAAUAAGUGAUUUUUCCCGAGGAAAAAAAGAAAACGA